UUCCCUUGGAAAAAGUACUAGCUUAGCUGGUCAUUUCUUUGUAAGGUAGUUAGAAAUUUUAAGUCUUUCUUUGGGCAACUUUUUUUUUCUUUCCUUUUUUUUUUUUUAAUGUGAAGAGUUAGGUGAUAUAAAUUUUUUACUGCUUUUAUGUUUUUCUGUCUUGUUUUGAAACCAUGACGGUUACACUUUUGGUUCCUAAAUAAAAUUUAAAACAAUUAACAGCCAAGUCACAAAGAUAAAUGGGUUGCACAUAGACUAAGGAAUAAACUUCAGAUUUGUGAUUUUUGUUUCUAAUCUUGAUGUAAAUUUACACUAUUUAUAAAUACAUAUUUAUUGCUUGAAAAUAUUUGUGAAUGGAAUGCUGUUAUUUUUUCCAGAUUACCUGCCAUUGAAAUUUUAAGGAGUUCUGUAAUUUCAAACACUACUCCUAUUACAUUUUCUAUAUGUAAAUAAAACUGCUUAGCAUUGUACAGAAACUUUUAUUAAAAUUGUUUAAUGUUUAAAGUUUUUCUAUUGUUUGAGUUUUAAAAAGAUUUUAUGUACAGUGCCCAGUUUUUGUUCUUUUUUGAAUCUGAUUAUAUAUAUUUUAUAUAUACUCUUGUGCUUGUGUAUAUAUAUAAUAUAUAUAGAAACUCGAAUAUAAAUAUGUGUAUAAAGAUUUAGAGACUAAAUUUUUCUCGUUUUAAGUUUUACAUCUAUGGUAGAUUUGAGGUGUCUACUGUAAAGUAUUGCUUACAAAAGUAUGAUUAUUUUUAAAGAAAUAUAUGGUAUGUAUCCUCAAGACAUAGAAUGACCUUCAGACUGGUUUAUUGUUAAAUUGCACUUUUUGCAAUAACAGACCAAUAAAUAGUUGCUGCCAAAAUGUAGUAGUAGAAAAUAAGUAACAGCUAAAUUUUAAAGCUCUUGAAGAAAAUACCAACUUUGACAGGAAGUUUGGCACUAGUUUUAGAGGAGGAAUGAAGAAGAUUGAGUUUUGGUGGGGAUGUUCUCUAGAUUUCAACCAAAUUGCAACUUAUAUAUUACGAGAUGUUCUAUUAACAAUUUUAAAAGUUAAGACUGAAUCAUCUUGGCGUCAUUGUUGACCCCAAAAAAGGACGUUGUUUUGUGGUAUUCUAUUGUAUUUUCACAUAUUUUGUAAUACGAAUUCACUGGUAAAUUUUUGAAGCACUAGGUUUAUUUAGGACAAGUUUAUAAUAUAUCAUUGUAACAGUUUGCAGUUUUAAUGAUGGUAUUUAUUUUAAGUUGCUCCUUUCUCAUUAGCUUCUUGAAAAUGCAUUAAAUCUAAAUUUCAAAAUUGAUAGCUUUCUUAUCGAUCAGAGUUGACUGAUGCGGAAGGUUCUGCAUCAAACAGUUUCUCAUAAUUUCUCAUUAGUGGGGUAUGUUAGUGGUUGCAUUGUUAAAUUUUUUGUAAUCAAUGUGAAGUGUUCCAGGCACAGAGCAUGCAGAUAGUUCCUUUUGAACAAAAAGAAUCGCCUCUUAUGUUGUAGCUUCAAACAAAGGGUGUUUUAAUGAAGAAUCAGCACAGUUUAUCUAAUGCUGUUACAACAGUUUUUAACCACAGGUAGAGCUGACUUUCUUGCUAGUUCUCACUAGUUGGACAAAAGGGUGUAGAGAUUAAAGAAAAGCAUAUCUGAAUGUUCUUGCCAGCAAAAUUAUCAACUAGCAGUUAGGAAGCCAGUAUUUGCAGUUCUGUAAAGGUGUAAGUCUCAGCUCUUGAUAACAAACUCUACAAAUCAUAAUUUUUUUUUUUACUUAUGUAUUUUAUGCAGUCAUAAAUAUUGUAAUCUUGACAAACCAUGCUGCAACUGAAAAGCUACUCCUUUAAAGUAGUCUUAAACCCAAAUAAAAGCAAGAUACACUUACCUCAA